CGCAGCCGGCCAAGUCCCCGGAGCCGAGCCUUCCUCCGCGCGAGCCCGGCGCCCCUCGCCGCGGAUGCCCUGUCCGGAGUGCUCCGUGCCGCGCCAGGCUUGCCCGGGUCCGCGGCGAGACAUGCUCGAGCCAGGCGCUGCACCGACCUCGACUUAUCUGUAAGCAGCGGAAGGAAUCAUGGUCAGUAAGGAAGCCGGCAAAUGCGGACUCGCGACGCCAGAGAGUGAAGUGGAGCCUGCCGCCUGCCUGGCCCUGGAGAUGAAAUACGCCCUGGAUCCCAACCGGCAGAUUAAAAAACGGAAUAAAGCCCUGCAGGUGCGGUUUAAGGAUAUCUGCGAGGCGCAGAACGAGCAGAGGGACACGCAGCUCUCUGCGGGACAGCCAGGCGAGAAGCGGGAGGCCAAGGCUGCGUCCUACAGAGCAGCCUACCGCAAAUACAUGACAGUGCCCGCCCGGAGGUCCAUCCCCAACGUCACCAAGAGCACAGGUGUGCAGACCUCGCCCGACCUUAAAAAGUGUUACCAGACCUUCCCUCUGGACCGCAAAAAAGGGAAUCUCAAAAGCAUCCCAGCUGCGGAUGCCUUUAAAAGUCAAGACAAUGGGUUUGUAAUACAUUCGAAAGAGAAGAGUGAGGAAGGGGCCCGGGAGGAGGCCCGACCGUGGGGUGCAGGCCAGGUUCAGAAGACGGCGGCCUUGGUGGUCCAUUCCGAUGAACACGUGAACGCGCUGGACCAGCCCGCUGGGGUCAACUGUGCAGAGCCAUGCAAAAACCCUGAUUUGCACAGCUGCCGAGACGCUCCUCUCAAAAACUCCACUCGGCCUCCCUCCCAAGAGCCUGAUUACCAGCUGCGUGAGAAAGCAAAACAUGACAGGGUGACACCAGACACUGAGGAACCCGCUGCAUCGGCCCAUGGGAGGGUGUUUAAAACGGAGGUGGCCACCGUUUCUGCACCGGUCGCCAGUGCAAAGACCCCAGAGCCGGCCUUAUCAAACUCUGCCGCCACGAGCGAGUGGUCCCUCUUCCCGGUGGCCGACCAGGAGCGGAGGAGAGCCACACAUCUCAAUGGGCUCCAGGUCCCCCCGGGCACUGCUGUGGCCUGCUCGCCCCCAGUGCAGUGCCUGUCCCCUGAAUGUAGUGAACGGCCCCCGCAGACUCCAGCCCCGCUGCCGGGGGAGGAGAACCAGCCUUGUCCGACAGCGGUCGCUGUGGGUGAAGAAUGCCAGCAAAUCGUGCCUCAGACGGAAGUGGGCGACCUGAAAACACAGCUGCAGAUAAUGGAGAACUUGAUCAGUUCCAGCCAAGAAACCAUCAAAGUGCUCUUGGGGGUCAUUCAGGAGUUGGAAAAGGGAGAGGCCCAUCGGGAAGGGCUUUCAUAUCGGACGGGGCAAGACACAGCUAAUUGUGACACAUGCAGGAACAGUGCAUGUAUUAUCUAUAGUGUGGAGCUAGAUUUUAAGCAGCAAGAAGACAAACUCCAGCCAGUUCUGAGGAAACUCCAUCCUUUUGAGGAAACUCAGGUUGCACCUUCGCCUUACUCGCAGGAGACUUACUCCUCCACUCCCAAGCAAAAAUCCAAAACUGAAUCUAAAAAGCACGGAAGAUGGAAACUCUGGUUCCUUUAAAACUCAUGGUGUUUGGAGUCUAAAGGCCGUCUUUAAAACUCACUGGAGUUAAGUAAAUCCUUUUCCAAAAUGAAUAGGAUCGAGUGAACUGUGGCUGACUCGGGCGCCACCCAGUUCUCACCCUGCUUACCAAAAAGGCCUUUGUACUAACAGAUAAUUAACAGAAGCAAGGUAUUAAAUGUCGCACCUUGCCGGCUGUUCUUUGCAGUUCACAGAUGUGGGAUGUAAAAUCUGAAACAAAACUUACAUAGUCAAAGAUGGUAAGUAAAAAUUCCAUGCCCCCACCCCAGAUCGGCAAGUAUUACAUUAUCAACCUGCAAAAUAGCAGGCUGUCACUCUGUACACAGCUAAAACUCAUAAUUAUUUUCAAGCCUUUAUUUUUUUUUUUAAAUAAUGAGAAGAAAAAGCAAGCCUUAUGUUUGCAAAGGACUUCAUUUUUAUGUUUAAUUUUGCAAAUAAGCAGGGGGCGAGUGCAAUUUUCAGCACAUCAAAUUCCAGAGAAAGCACAAUUUUUUCAAGUGGUCGGAGACCAUGAAUAAUCUCUAAAAUGUGACUAUAUGUAUAUUUGCCUUCAUGUGCUAUAGCGCUAAGCCAAGUGACCACAUCUCAGUGUCACACUGACACCUCAAAUUUAGCAUUCUCUUCAUCUCCAGACCUGCAACAUGUUUACUGCUCAUUUUCCAAAUGGCCAGCAGCCAGGAGUCCCCCAAAGUCCGGACAAGCCUUUAAUCACUGCAAGUUGACAGGGUCAAAGCUAUUGGACACUAAGCUUUCUUAGAUCUCAUUUUUAAUCUUUUGGUACCCAAAGGCCAAAUGAUACAUUCUGGCAAGAAUUUGAAAACACACGUAGAGAUACACAAUGGAUAAUACAGUCACCAAUAAAUCACAGGGGUUCUCUGCCACCGGAAAGUGUUUCUGUGGAUCAAUCUUUGAGACAUUGUUCAUCACCAAAAGCGCAGCCAGACAUUUUAUACUAUUCGUUAUGCUUUGUAACAACUGUGGAAGACCUGGCCAUCUCAAAAGAGAAACAGCGUGUUUAGUUUAGCUGCUACCAACAAACAAACUUAAGGUCAACCACAUUUAACCUGUUAGUAAGUUGUACUAAAUGACAUACCUAGGGGAAAGCUGUGAAUCAAAUGUUUUUAGGUAUUUUUUAAAUAAACAGUGACACUUAGAGUUCUCUUUUGAUUACACAUUGCAAUAUAAAUCUUAGUUCCUUUAUUUUUUCACUCAUUCCUCUGCACCUUUGCAAGUAUCUUUUUAUAGAAAUCAAAAGCCCCUAGUCUAUUAAAGACUUUGUCUAUCAAUUUUUUGCUGUUCACAUUAGGAAGUAGGGAUUUUAUUUUGCCUUUUUUUGUACAACUUAAAUUUUGAAUAGUUUGUGAACAUAUGAGAAAACCUAGUCCUCAAGUUUCUGUCCAACAGUUUCAUAUCUAAUCUAGUGCUGACAUGCACACCUCAUUGAUUAGACGCCAAAAAUAAGUGGCUACCCUUGGUGAAAGAAUCUCUACCUGUACGCUUCAGAUGGGAGCUAUUUCUUGCCAUGCAUUUUCCCCCCAACUCAACAGCAAAUCUAUUUUAGUUCUAAGUGUUUGGAUUCUACAAGGUCCUGGUGAUCAGC